AUGAGUGGUUCACAAUCACUACACUAUCUACAAUAUACACAAGAAGAUGAUAUGCUCGUUAGUGAAUCAGCAAUAAAUCGAAUAUCUUGUUUAUUGGAUACAAACAAGGAUGAUUAUCUGGAUCAACGUGUUAUCAUUGGUGAUGAAACAAAUGGACUCAAGUAUCCGUUCGGUAUGACAUUUGUAAAUGGAUAUUUACAUUCAGGUAAUCAAUUUAAUAUAAGACGUUACAAAUGA